AUGCGGUGCUUGUCAAGCUUCACAACAGAAGGAAUACUGCAAAAUCACGAUGAGGCCUGCACAGGUCUAAACAGCAGGCCAACGCGAACAGAAAUGCCCAGAGAGGGUGAAAACCACGUUUUCUUUCAAAACGUGGGCAAGCAGCUCAAAGUCCCAUUUAUUAUUUAUGCCGACCUCGAGGCAAUAAUUGACAAAAUAAAAAGCUCCAAAGGAAACCUACAAAAGAGUUACACUGUGUAAACAAGCCAACACACCGCAUGUGGUUAUGCGUACAAGUUGGUGAAAAGCGAUGGAGAAGCCUGGGAAACAAAAUUCUGCCGUGGGGUAAACGCUUUGGAAGAGUUUCUAAAGGCGCUUUUGCGAGAAUAGGAAAGGAUCAGAGAAGAAUUGAGAAACGUUGUUCCUAUAAAAAUGGAGCAAGAUGAUUGGGAAGAUUACAACAUUGCAACUAAUUGCCGCAUCUGUGAAAAGCCCCUGGUGGCUGAAUCCUUUUUGGACUCCAUAUCUGUUUUCUACAUGUCCAACACGGGGGAGUACAGCCAACAGGCACACACAAAAAAAUGGCAUUUCAAAGACAUAUUUAUCGGGCCCUAAUUUCAACGCAAAUCACUCGUCAAAGUGGAUAAGUGGAUCAAAGACAAUCAAGAUCCACACUGCUUCAAACUGUUGCAUCGCUUCAACUACUCGACUCCGUGAGGGACCUUUGCCACCUGCCACCUGACUGUACAAUAACGUGUAGAAGCCCACUCCGCCUGCGAUCUGCGACUCCGGAUAAGAUCGGAGCAAAACCCUAAUUCCCGUGGUUGUUCACAACAUUAGGGCGAGGCUACAAUGCCCAUCUCCUCUUUCAGGAGAUGUCGAAAAUAAAAAAAAAGGAAACUGGAGUGCAUUCCUCAAAACACGGAAAAGUAUAUCAGCUUUUCUUUGGGAGGGCUUCAGUUCCUCGACAGUUUGAGCUUUUUGCAAGCAUCAUUGGAUUCCCUUCUAAAAAUGCUUCCAAAGGAUGCUAGACUACGAGUAGUCCCCCAUUUUUCCUCAGGGAUAGUAGAGCGAGCGAAACGCCAGCGCGCGUGAAUUAGUGGGGUGCGCUCUUUUCCGCUGUGCGCCGCCCCUCUCUCUUUUUACUCCCUGAUGUCUGUUUCGGAUUCGAAAACUUGAUUACGCAACGAGAGUGUUGCGUUUUGAGACUAACCGUCUUCCAUGGAAGAGCAAGGUACACGAGGCGGAAUCUCGAUGGUGAGCAAGCUCUUUGCAAAAGCCAACAACCCGUGUGUGAAAGAUUACGACCCAAACAAACCAAACAAUUACAUUUUAUAUCUUGACGCAAAUAACCUUUACUGUUGGGCCAUGGGGCCAUGUGUAAACCUCUUCCAAAGGGUAAUUUUGCAUGGAACACUGUGUUGCCUAACGGAAAAGCCAAUCCUCGCCAAAAAGGAAGAAGCAAAGCGAGGAUUGAUUCUCGAGGUGGAUUUGGAGUAA